AUGACUGUCAUCGCAAAAAGAGUGAGAAUCUUGGAAGGCCUGAAGUCCUUUCUCAGGAGUCAAAAAGACAUCAUAGCUGAAGCAGUGGGUAGACAAAGAAAGUCUUUACGUAAAUUGGCGCUUGAACCAGACACAAGAGGAGGAAAGAAGAGAAGUUAUAUUGCUGUGUAUCGUGAGUUGAAAAAAUCUGGUAUCAAGCCAUUGCAUGUUAUCAGCAAGCCCAACAUCACUCAGCAACAGAGAGAAGACCGUGCAUGGUUUUGUGGUUCAUUUCUUAAAGAUUGGGAUGUAACUGACUCUCUCCAUGUUGCCGCAUUAGAUGAAUUCUUCAUUUACACGGUCAGGAAGCCAAAUCAUAAAAAUGACAUCAUUUGGGCUACAAAGUUGGAUGAUAUCCGCGAAGACGUGAUGCUUACUGAUGAAGAUUACGCUGAUGUUAAUACUGAAGACGAAGAUGAUGAUGAUGAUGAUGAUAAUGAAGAUGAUAGUGAUGCUAAUGAAGAUGAUGAUAGUGAUGUUAAUGAAGAUUGA